AUGGGUAGCACUUCUGCCGACGGCAACCAGGGUGCCCGCAACUUCUUUGAGGACUUCGGUGUCUGGCAAGAUGCCCCUGUCUUGACCGGCAGCACCAAGUUCGAGCCUCUGCCCGAUGUUAAGAACAUCAUGAUCACCGGCGGUGCUGGUUUCAUGGCCGGUGUUCUAACAUUCAAGUGCAGUGCCUGCUGGCUGGUUCGACACCUGACCAUCACCUACCCCCACGCCUACAACAUUGUCUCGUUCGACAAGCUUGACUACUGCGCGUCCCUCAACAACACCCGCGCUCUCAACGACAAGCGCAACUUCAGCUUCUACCACGGAGACAUCACCAACCCCCGCGAGGUUCUUGACUGCCUCGAGCGGUACAACAUUGAUACCAUCUUCCACUUUGCCGCGCAGUCCCACGUCGACCUGAGCUUCGGUAACUCGUACGGCUUCACCCACACCAACGUCUACGGCACCCACGUCCUUCUCGAGAGUGCCAAGAAGGUUGGUAUCAAGCGCUUCAUCCACAUCUCCACCGACGAGGUCUACGGUGAGGUCAAGGACGACGACGAUGACCUCCUCGAGAGCUCCAUCCUCGCCCCGACCAACCCCUACGCCGCCAGCAAGGCCGCCGCCGAGAUGUUGGUCCACUCUUACCAGAAGAGCUUCAAGCUCCCUGUCAUUGUCGUUCGCAGCAACAACGUCUAUGGCCCCCACCAAUACCCCGAGAAGAUCAUUCCCAAGUUCUCAUGCCUGCUGAACCGCAAGCAACCCGUUGUCCUGCACGGCGACGGCAGCCCUACCCGCCGCUACCUCUUCGCCGGUGAUGCCGCCGAUGCCUUCGACACCAUCCUGCACAAGGGUGAGAUCGGCCAGGUCUACAACGUCGGAUCCUACGACGAGAUCUCCAACCUCCAGCUGUGCAGCAAGCUGCUGACCGAGGUUGGCAUCCCUCAUGACAGCCAGGAGGAGUUCAACAAGUGGGUCAAGUACACCCACGACCGUCCCUUCAACGACCACCGUUACGCCGUCGACGGCACCAAGCUGCGCCAGCUUGGUUGGGACCAGAAGACCAGCUUCGAGCAGGGCCUCAAGAUCACCGUCGAGUGGUACCGCAAGUUUGGUGAGAAGUGGUGGGGCGACAUCAGCAAGGUCCUCAGCCCCUUCCCCAUCGUUGCUGGCAAGGACGUCAUGUCCGACAAGGAGCCUGUCACCGACACUCCCCAGCCUGUCGAGGGCAACAAGAAGAGGAAGGUCGAGAUCGUCAACGGUAUUGCUCAGGCCAUCGCCGCCUAG